AUGACAGAGGGAGAGAGAGAGGACAGCUGUUUUCAAAUGCCCAAGUCACACAAUCCCACACUCAGCGAAAGAGAGUGAAAGAGAGAGAGAGAGCAAAGGGGAAGGAAGGAGAGAACACAGAGGGCUCACUGUGAGAGGAAAGAAAGAGAGAUUGACAUUCAAAAGACAGUGUAGGUAGGCAGAGAACUGCAGAUAAACACGGAAUACGCAGAGAGGAGAUAGGGCACAGAGAAAAGAAGGCAUCUCUGAAGCAAAGAAAGUUUGGCUGGGGUGAAGUUAAGCGGGUAUUGAUGGGCAAAACGAACAACGGCAGGAUGCAUUGAUGACUGGGAUGGAGCAAGAGAAAGAGUCAACGAAAGAGUGGAAAAGAUUGGUCAGAAUGAAUGAGCAGGAUAGAGUAAGCCAGGCUUCUAGUCUGGCCACAAUCUCUGCUUUUCCUGUCCAUGGCAAGGGCAGUGAUGGUAAAGUGCAGACUUUUGGCAAGAGAGCCAGAGCUGUGAAGAGAGACCCUAACUGUCCGGUGGUGAUCAGAGGUUGGCUAUACAAACAGGACAGCUCAGGACUAAAGCUGUGGAAAAGAAGAUGGUUUGUCUUGUCUGACUUUUGUCUUUUUUAUUACAAAGACAGCAGGGAGGAGUCUGUUUUGGGUAGUAUUCCUCUCCCCAGCUACAAUAUUCUCUUCUGCGCUCCUCGUGAAUGCAAGCACAGAAAAUAUGCCUUUAAAGCAGUGCACCAGGGAAUGCGUUCCUAUGUCUUCAGUGCUGACACCCAAGAGGACAUGCUGGGCUGGGUUAGAGCUCUCAGUCAAUCAGCCAACAUGGAAAUGGAGGGCUCCCUAAACAGGCGUUGUUCGAGUUACCAGGACUUCACAAGGAUCGGGGGCAGCAGUGAGUCACUGGCCCUUCCUGAGACACCUUCUGUCAGAAAUGGUCCGACGCAGAUGACAGUGCAAGGCAAUGGAUCCCAAAAUGAAUCAAGCCCACUAGUGGGGGGAAGAAUGGGAACACCACAACUGGAACAUAGGGGAAGGCAGAAGAGCAUAAGACAGAGUCCUUCACCCAGAACUUCGACUCCCACAAACCCUGGUGGGCAUCGGAGGCGUGGCCAGUCCCUCACCCAGGAGACAGCUGAGCAAGACACCCUCCCCCUGAACUACUCUCAUCAAACGCCACCCCAAACCAUGAAAUACAUUGGACCCAGUCCUCUGACCCCAAGAGGUCAACUAGGGUCACGCCCCCAUACUCCUGUGGGCAGGGUUGACAUUCGACCGCAGGAUGACCCCCUUUUAUCCCCGCAGUCUAUGGGCUCGGCCCCACCAUCCCCAAAGCUGGAUUUCAGCCCCUGUUCCCUCACCCCCACCACAGAGAAAAGGCACACCCUUAACAGGCCUAUUCCCGGGUAUUCUUCCUUGCACCCCAUCAGCACUGCGAGGAGAGCUGCAGGAAAGGCCUGCUCUCCGGGGGGGCAGGCUGGCUUAUUGCCCCCGUUGCCCCCUCCAAGAAUUGCCCCUGUCCCUCCCCCACCUCACCAUCACCAUCACCAUCGCAGCCAUAUGUCUGUUUGUCUGCUACAGCCAGCUAUGGUACCAGCUCCUGCAACCUCUGACCUCUUCCAGGAGAGAGAUCAACAAAUGAGGACCCCAGAGAGUGAAGUUGAUUGGGGGUGGUUAUCUUCUGGUGGUGAUCUAUCCUUUUUUCAGGCUGUGCUGACUAGGCUGUGCGGCUGUGACAAGCUGCUUCAGUCUCUCUCAAUAGAAAUGGCCGAGCUUCAAGCAGACAAGGACAAUGUGCAGUGUGCUCUAGAGAUGGCUAGGCUGCAGUUGGAGGAAUGGAAGGGUCAGGGGUUCAGAGGCCAAGGUGUCAGGGGGCAGGAGGGAUUGUUAUCUCAGAAGGCUUUGCUCCAGGACAACCUGGUCACCAUCAGGGCCAGAAUGUGUGAUGUAUCAAUGGAAAUGGAAAGAGUGUGGUGUCAGUAUGAAAGGAUGGAGAGUGAGCUGUCUGUCCUUCGUUCACACCUCCAGCACAUCUGUCGUUUUGGGAGGCCCCAGGAGCAGUCCCAGGCACAGAGGGAAUUGUGGAUGAUGGAGGAUAUUCUCUGUGGCCUCAAGGCCAAUCGGAAUCAUUUCCGGAACAUGCUGAGGUUGCCAAGGCAGAUAGUUGCCUCCCCAAUUCUACAAAAGUCUGUUCUCCACCCAGGAGCCCCUGGUCCACAAACAGAUGGGAUGCAGAAUGAUGCAUCUAUGGGGGUGCAGUCAGAGCCCCCACCCCGCCCCCCUUUGCCUCAGGAACUGCAGGGGACCAAUCAGGACAGAGAGGUGGAGCAAGGCUGGCUAGAAAGUGAAUCAGAAUUGGAGGGUCUCUACAGUGGACUGUCCUCCCAUCAUCGGUCAGAACAAUCUGGAGAAAGCUCAUCUGUCUUAUCUGGAGACAGGAAGAAAUCGGAUAACAUGCCAGGCACUCUGCCUGGUCUUACUGCCUCCAACUGGUCCACACCAGACACUACAGUCAAGAGGGUGAGGAUGAGUGAGGAGGAACAGAGAGAGAGGAUGAAAAGAAACCAGGAGAGGCUGGCCAAUCAGAAAAAAGCACCUACAUCCAGUCCCACCAACCAUAGCCAGUCUCAAAGGCCAUCUCCUCCCAAAGAAGAGCCUCCCUUUCCUCUCAGAGUGACACGAGUCCUCACUGCUGUCCUGCCAUCUGCUCUGGUUGCCAGGCGUGUGUCCGUCGAGGACCCCCCUUACGAGCUAGCCACUCCUUUGCCUGAGCAAAUAUCCCCUGGGAUGCAUCAAUUAGUACCUGACCAGAACAGAAAGUCACACAGGAAACACAGAGAACUGUUUCUUGAGAAGCGUCACCAAAAUUCUAACAGGGUACCAAUGGAAGUAAUGAAAGAUGGGCAUGACCAAAGUCUGGCAUUUGCCUGUCAAGAACCGUCAUCAGAAAUGACCGAGCAGAAAUCAAAUUUGCCUCAUACAUCAAGGGAAUUGCCUAAUCACCAGCACACAGCUGCCAUAGAGGAUGACUCUUCUUUAUUUUACCAAAAAAGUCCUAAAUCCUCUACGAGCGAGAUGCAAGGAGCAACUGAAAAAUCUAUACUCCCAGAGGCGUCCAGUAUAGAGCCUGAAAUUUCUCUGCGACAACACAGAUGUGACUGGUCAGGAUCAGGAAACGGAAGUUUGCACUCUGACCUUAGAUCAAGAGACGAAAAUGGGUGCUCUGCGUUUACUGGCAGUGUGCAAGCAAAUGGCAGAAGGGAAAAGGUUGGAGGGCGCGCCUCCUUUCUGGUUUCUGACCUUGAAGUUGAUCCUGACCUCUGCCUGACCCCAGAACAGAGGGAUGCAAAACUAAGACGAGUGGAGAGGAUCAGGGCAAGAGUAAUCAGGAGUGCAGUCAGAGAGAGCAAUGUGCAGCCCAACAGUCCACAGACAGGCGACAAUAUAGAGAGACUGAUGAAACACUCCUUCACCCUACCUAACAAUGCUUCAAAAAGGCAAAUGGCAGCUGGCUCAGGAGAUUCAGAGGAAUACUGCUGUGUUCAAGGAGUGGACUGUGACCACUGUUGCCAUAGUUACGAGGAUCCUGACCUCAGCAUUAAUGUUACAACCGAACCCCAUCCCGCCAGAGUCCCACCUCUUAAUGUUAUUAAGGUAGAAGGAAGCACAGAACGUGAGAAUUCUGUCCUGAAAAAAUGUACACAGCGACCCCUUAAGGGUCACAGGGGUGAUACUGAUGUCAGUAGUUGGCACCAUAAAGGUGUGCCCCAGAAAAACUUCCUUUCAUCCAAUCAUACUACCAAACUGACUGUGUUUCCAACCAAUAACAGCCUAGAAUCCACUCAGGAGGCAGGAAAUUCCCGUCCAUUCCAGUAUGUCACAAAAAAGGUAGAGGAAGUGACAGGAAAUCGAAAUGAAACCCCCUUUUUGCCUACCAAUCGGAGGGCAGAGUGGUUCCUUUCCACUAAUCAGAUGGUAAAAUGUAUACCUUUAAUCAAUCCCAAUAUAAAAUCAGUCACCGGUGAAAAUGCUACAUCUGAAGACCAUAACAGUUCAACCUGUGACUUUACAAUUCAGCACACAGUGACUGAUGCUACCUCAGAGAGUCUCUUGUCUGCAGCCAAACAAAGUGCAGACAGUUUGGAGGAAGAUGCAUUGAGUACAUUUCCUGAAGCUUCUGAGCAAGGCACACAAACAAAUUCCACAGCCAUUCAUACCUCAUCUCCUAAAAACCUACCCAAACACAAUCACAACCCUGCCCCGAUUAAAUUAGCCAAUGAAACAAAAGAAUCUGAUCAUCCUGACUCAGACAAAACAGAGGAGUUAACAUUAUUUGCCAGUCAGAAAGAAUUACCCAAACAAACAACCAUUAAGUGUGAGAAGCCCCAGAAUCUGGUCAGUGCUUUAAAUAAACAGCAAGAGUCUCCACCUAAUAGCGGGUAUGAUACAGCUAAUACUGAGGAUUGUAACACCCCAGAAUGUUUGACAAAACAAAUAACACCAUAUGCCACAAUCAAUUUUGAUGCUGCUCGUGGCUCAUUAGCGGAAGCUAAUACUGAGGUCGUCUUAAGCAGUGAACCACAGGACCCACAGCUGGGUGAUCAGAAUGUAUGCCCUGCUCUCUGUGUCAAAAAGAUUCCUCAUUCUUCCCCAAAAUCAACACAUGAGUUGCACAUUUAUGAGGAAAUAGCCUACGGUGCCACAUUGCGAGAUAAUCAAAGCCAAGAAUGCCCAGUGGCAGUUAAAGAUCUCCCCUCAUCUAAUCCCCUCUCGUUCAGAUACACCGAACACAUUCCCAUCAAUUUGCCUGGGCAUUCUGCUUUCUCCAGUCAAAGUGCUGAGACAGUAAUGGAAACAGGAAAUGGACUAUCCACGGAGGUGCAGACCGAGUCAGAGGGGACCAAUGAGAAUCUAGAAUUAUCAGAAAGGAAGGGAAAGGAAGUUUGUCUUCGAAGGGAUCAAGCCAAUCUGAACUCAAAGCCUAAGAAUGGAAAUGACAAUCAGAGCUCUCCAUUUAUUAAGGCAAGAGUUACUGUGGUGAGGACCAGUUUAUAAUGAAGGGAGAGGGCUGAGAACGUAAUAGAUAUUGAAAAACAGAAUAGAAAAUCCCUUGAUUUUGAAAGUGCAAGUAAGUUGAAGAAGAAAAUGUGAAAGUGACAGAAUGAGAAAAGGAGUGAGACACAGUCAGAGCGUAGAGAUGGACAGUUACAUUAGGCAAGGAGGGGAGUCAAAGCAAACUGAUUGACACUGCAGGGCAAGAGACACAAAGAGGAAACUGCCCCCAUGUCAUGAGGUGGCAAAAGGAACCUAAUUUUCUAAUUUUUAGUUUCUGAACUGAAUUUUCAGUUUCAGCAAGAUGUGUACAAAAUGUUUUUAUCAUCAUUCAUUCCACUAUUCUCUGAAUUACGUUGCGUUUGUUGCAAACGUUGAACCUCUAUAUGUAAACCUCUGCCAAAGAGGAGAUAACAGAAUGGACAGGAAGUACAAAAAUUACAUUUAAAUUGAGUUUCAUAAGCAUAUUUGUACAAAUGAAUGUAACACAUCAGCAACAGACUAUAUACUAACCUACUUAAAUGAUUGUUAUACUGAAUUCCAUUGAUAAUUCCAUUAUUAUUAGCAAUAGACAUAUAUUUGCAUGUUUUUAGAAUGAAAUAGUUUCACCUAUAACCUAUAUUUUAAUUGUAACAUUAUGUUUAUGUGUUUCUGAUUUGUUAAUAAAUAAACAUUUUAAAUCACA